AGGCCAGUGGAGUAGCUUCUUCAUUCUCACCUUUUUUUUUUUCUUCUCCUUCUCCCGAGGAAGCGACUCGGUGGACUCGUUCACAUUCUCGAAUCGAGACGAAGAUAUCGGGACUCCGAUUCGGAUUCUAGACUCUGAUUCUGAAUUAUAGACUUCUCGAUGGAAUUACAUUCUUCUUAUUCUUCUUCUUCGCUGGAGAGUUGUAGCGUGAAAGUGGCGGUUAACGUUCGUCCUCUGAUCGGAGACGAGAUAAGUCAGGGUUGCAGGGAAUGCGUUUCCGUAUCUCCGGUAACGCCACAGGUGCAAAUGGGAACACAUUCCUUCACAUUUGAUCACGUUUAUGGUGGAAGUAAUGGUUCUCCUUCUUCCUUGAUGUUUGGAGAAUGUGUUGCUCCUCUUGUUCAUGGUUUGUUCCAUGGAUACAACGCUACUGUGCUCGCUUAUGGUCAGACAGGAUCUGGAAAAACAUACACCAUGGGGACUGCUUUUAAAGACGGUUCGAGCAAUGGGUUGAUUCCUCAAGUUAUGACUGCUCUUUUCAACAAAAUUGAGUCUGUUAAGCACCAAAUGGGUUUCCAGUUACAUGUCUCUUUCAUCGAGAUUCUGAAAGAAGAAGUUCUGGAUUUGCUGGAUAGUGUGAGACUAGCCAAUGGAGCCCCUGGAAAGGUUGCUCUUAGUAAGUCCCCUGUACAGAUUCGCGAAUCGCCAAACGGGGUAAUUACACUAUCCGGUGCAACUGAAGUCCCCAUAGCUACUAAAGAAGAGAUGGCUUCCUGUUUGGAGCAAGGCUCUCUAACCAGGGCGACUGGGAGCACAAACAUGAAUAAUCAGUCAAGCCGUUCACAUGCCAUCUUCACAAUCACCUUAGAACAGACACGCAAAAUCACUCCGAUCUCAGUGGCUGAAGACACCAUAGAUGAGGAUAUGGGUGAGGAGUAUUCUUGUGCCAAGCUUCAUCUCGUAGAUCUUGCUGGAUCUGAAAGAGCUAAACGGACAGGUUCAGGCGGUGCUCGAUUGAAAGAAGGAAUUCACAUCAAUAGGGGACUCCUUGCACUUGGUAAUGUCAUCAGUGCACUUGGAGAUGAGAAAAAGCGAAAAGAAGGUGCUCAUGUUCCCUACCGUGAUAGUAAACUUACUCGGUUAUUACAGGAUUCUCUUGGUGGAAAUAGUAAAACAGUCAUGAUAGCUUGCAUUAGUCCCGCUGACAUCAAUGCUGAAGAAACUCUGAACACACUCAAAUAUGCAAAUCGUGCUCGGAAUAUUCAGAAUAAGCCUGUUGCCAAUAAAGACUUAAUAUGUAGUGAGAUGCAAAAGAUGCGUCAACAGCUACAAAAUCUUCAAGCUGCACUAAAUGCUCGUGGGGAAAUCCCAUCAAAGGAAGUGCAGGUUAUGAGAGAGAAGAUCACGAAGCUAGAAUCUGCCAAUGAUGAGCUUUCUCGUGAACUUCUCAUCUAUCGCAGCAAGAGAGCUACUCUUGACUAUUGUAAUAUGAAUACACAGGAAGAUGGUGUGAGUUUUACAAAAGAUGAUUGUCUCAAAAGGGGAUUCGAAAGUAUGGAUUCAGAUUAUGAAAUGAGUGAAGCAACAUCAGGUGGAAUCUCUGAAGAUAUAGAUGGAGCAGCAAAAGAGUGGGAACAUGCACUUAGGCAGAAUAACAUGGGCAACGAAUUAAGUGAACUGAGCAAACGUCUGGAGGAGAAAGAGUCCGAGAUGAAAAUAUGUGGGGCUGGAACUGAAAUUAUCAGACAACACUUUGAGAAGAAAAUGAUGGAACUUGAGAAAGAGAAGAGAACUGUACAGGUUGAGAGAGAUCUAUUGUUGGCUGAAGUUGAGAAACUUGCUGCUAGUUCUGAUAGACAAGCACAAGUUGCAAGAGACAGCCAUGCACAAAAACUAAAAGCACUCGAGACACAGAUUUCAAAUCUUAAGAAGAAACAAGAAAAUCAAGUUGAGGCCUUGAAACAAAAACAGAAAAGUGAAGAUGCAGCAAAGCGUUUACAAGCUGAAAUACAAUGCAUUAAGGCUCAGAAGGUUCAAUUACAACAUAAGAUGAAACAAGAAGCUGAUCAAUUCCGACAAUGGAAAGCUUCUCAAGAAAAGGAAUUAUUGCAGCUCAAGAAAGAAGGAAGGAAGACAGAGCAUGAAAGACUCAAACUCGAAGCCCUCAAUCGACGACAAAAAAUGGUUCUUCAUAGAAAAACAGAGGAAGCAGCAAUGGCUACCAAAAGACUUAAGGAGCUGCUGGAAUCUCGCAAGUCAUCAGUGGCUGGCAAUGGUCAACCACCAACUAAAAAGGUGAACGGAAAAACUCUUCAGAAAUGGAUUGAUAACGAGCUAGAGGUUAUGACAAAAGUACAUCAAGUUCGUUCCCAAUAUGAAAAGCAAAUCCAAGUACGAGCUGCAUUGGCUGAAGAGUUAACCUCGUUGAAAAGAGAAUUGGACUUCGCUUCAAGUAUUCCCCAUCAAGAGAAAAAUGGACAGUUCAGAUUUUUAUCAUCAAAAACAAGAUUGGAGAGAAUAGCAACUCUUGAGAGCAUGUUGGAUGUUUCCUCAAAUGCUCUCACAGCCAUGGCCUCUCAGCUCUCAGAAGCAGAGGAAAGAGAGCAUAGCCUACACACUAAGAAUCGGUGGAACUCCAUCAAGUCAAUGACUGAUGCCAAGUGUUUGCUUCAAUAUGUGUUUAAUUCCACUGCCGAAGCAAGGUGCAAAAUCUGGGAGAAAGACAUGGACAUCAAAGAGAAGAAGGAACAACUAAAUGAUCUCCUCUGCUUAUUACAACUAUCUGAAGUCCAGAACCGAGAGAUACUUAAAGAGAAAAAGACAAGAGAACAUACAUUGUCCAUUGCGCUGGCUUCGUCAUCAUCAUCCUCGGUAACUUCAAGAAGCUCAUCAAAGCACUAUGGAGAUAACAACGCUAGCAACCAUUCGUCUCCACCUUCAUACCAUCGAGCAGCAAAGCAUCUCAAAUACGCUGCGCCAGGUACAGUAAAAGUAUCGGUGAGAGAAUCAGCGGCUUUAUUAGAAGAGAAGAGAAAGAUGAAAGCGAUGAAGAAAAUGGGACAGAGUGGGAAGCUGUGGAAGUGGAAGAGAAGUCAUCAUCAAUGGCUGCUUCAGUUUAAAUGGAAAUGGCAGAAACCAUGGAAACUCUCUGAGUGGAUUAAGCAUAACGAUGAGACCACUAUGCUCUUCAUGUCUAAGAUUCAUCAUGAUGAUGGUGAUGAUUACUCGUGGAGCCGCCGACACUGA